AUGAUUUUAAGUGAAAUUAAAGAUUAAAUAAAAAUUACUUAGCAAAAUGUAAAAUCUCAUCCUAAGUGUUUAAAGUCCAUAACAUAAUUCUCAAGUGUUAAAGUAAUUGUAUAAUCCCAGUAAAACUUUGAUAUCUAAAUUGAAAAGGUAAGAGAAGUUCUCCCUAAUUAGAAUGUGAAACAUCUUAUUUAAUACAGAUUUAAUAGAAAAAAUAUGAAAGUAGAUACUUUUAUUAAUAUGCUUAAUUGCUUAGAGGUACUUUCAGAGAAUAAGCAUUUUUUAAAAAUGCAGUUUUACCACUUUUCUAAAGAUAGUGAUUAUAUUUUAAUUUUAUUCGAAGAUUUCGGAUAAAAUAUGUAGGAUUUGAUCUCUAGAAGCAAUUUUUCAAUAGGAGAAAAGCAUGCAAAGACAUCUUUUAGGGAUAUUGCGAAAUCUUUAUUUUUAGUGGAUUCAGUAUAUAAUGGAACUCAUAACUUAAACCUUGAUUUCAUUCUACUUCCAAUGAAUAUCUACAUUGACAUAGAUAGCGAUUCACAAAGAGCUCGUGCUAAAGUUAUUCCUUUUGACUUUUUAGGUUAAAAAAAUGAGCUAGAUGUAAACGAAAUGCCUAAAAAUAUAAUUCUUUCACCAGAAAUGUUAAAUGUACUUCACUCACAAACUUCAGAAUAGCCACUUGAGUUAUAAAUGAAAAAAAGUAAUUCAUAUGUUUUAGGUUUAGCUUAUUUACAAUUGCUUAGAGGUAAAAAGGUGCUAGGGUAAUCAGAAAGAGAAAAAGAAUUGGGAAAUUUACCUUCUGUUUAGAAAGAAGGUCCAAAUGAUGAAAUUAUAAAAGAUAAUUUAGAAAAACUUAUUGUAAAAGGUAAAAAAAAUGGAUUAAUAUUGAUACUAGAACAGUGUCUACACUAUAAUUUAGGAGAAAGAAUAGGAUAUGCAGAUCUUUAUACAAUGUGUAAAAAUCCUAUUCUCUUCCUGAAGCAUAAAUAAAUAAUAGGGCAAUUAAAAUCUAGCUAAAGAUUGUUUGCUUAAUAAACAAAAUCAUAUCAAGAAGCAUUUAAAAAUGCCCUUGAUGAAAUUUAAAGUAUCUUAUAAGAAUCAAAUGGAGAUAUUUAGUUCAUUAAUUAACAAUUCAGCACUAUUAAAUAAGAGUUUGAAAGCAUAGAAGUUCCUUCAUUUUCAGAUGGAGAUGAAAUCUCUUCAUAUCAAAAGCAAUUUGAGCCAAAUAUGAAUGACGGUUUCAGCUCAAAUAAUAUAUCAGAUAAAAGUAAGGGGUUAGAUAUUGAUAAGAAAACUUAAGUUGAAAGUGUUUUAGAAAAAGAUUUAUCUAUUUCUUACAACACUUAUAAAUAAAAUGAUGAAAUAAAUAAAACAAAAAGAAUUGAUUCAUCUUAAUAUGAUAAUUAGAGAUUAGGAACUUCAAUAAUUAAGGUAAGAAGAAUUAAGGAUCAAGAUUUUUAUAAUCCUUACGGAAUAGGUACUAACAAUCAUAAAAUAAUAGACUAUGCGAAGCCUAAAGAAAAAUAGCUAUUAAACUAGUAUUAAUCUAUUGUUGAUGGAGAAGUAGUUGGUAUAUAUUCAGUUCUGGCAGUAAACGACUAUCUUAUAGCUACAGGAGGAGAUGAUUCUUCAAUCAGAAUAUGGAAUAUGGAUGACAAUAAAAAAGAAUGUAUUUAAGUAUUAAUUGGGCAUAGUAACUCAAUACAUUCCUUAUGUUUACUGAUACCAAGCAAAGUGAUUGCAUCUGGAAGUUCUGGAGAAAAUGCCUCUAUAAAAAUAUGGAAUAUUUCUGAUGGAGCAUGCAUAAAAACUCUAAAAGGUCACACUGAUACAAUAAGCUCUAUAUGUAAAACUUCAAAUGAAUUAAUAGUAAGUGGAAGCUAUGAUAGCACUAUAAAAGUAUGGAGAUGGAGCACAGGUAAAUGUGAAAAAACAUUAAAAUAACAUCAUUUCGCAAUUUUAACUGUUUGUGUUAUUGACGAGAAUACAAUAGCUUCUGGAUCAGAUGAUUGCACUAUAAUGAUUUGGGACAUAAGAAAAGGGACUAUGCUUUUAGACAUUUAAGGUCAUAACUCUUGGGUCUAAAAUUUGACUUAUAUAAAAAAAUAUAAUUAACUUGUAAGCUGUAGUGGAGAUGGCACAGUCAGGUUAUGGAACAGAAAUGGUUAAUAAGAAUAUAUUUUUUCAGAUCAUAAUGGAUAAGUUAAUAGUGUUGUCUAUAUAGAAGGAAAAGAUUUAUUAGUAUCAGUUGGUGCAGAUCAAAAGAUAAAUAUUUAUAAAUUGUCAUCAAGGCAACUAAAAUAGAGUGUAGAAAAGGCUCAUAAAGAUAGUAUACUAAACGCAACUUAUUUAAAUAACAGUAUUGUUACUACUGGAAUAGACAGUAUGAUUACUAUUUGGUAAAUUGCUUAGAAUUAAUAAGAAAGAGAUCAAAGCUCACACAACAAUUAAUUAAAUGAACCUUAGAAAUUAAUUGCUCCUCUUUCUAUAGAUAAGCCCAAUAUUUAAAGUAUUUCAAAUAAUGAAGAUUCUGUAUGA